UGAUUGGCCGGUUAAACGAGAGGGGAGAUUCCAUCGCUUUAAACUGAAGCUCAGCGACGACGGAGGUGUGACCUGUGCGCCGUUUUUAAUAGCAUAGAAAUACGCUCUAGUUGGCGAUGCUCUUGCUCGUAAAUGCAGCACUGGUCUACUACACAGUGUGGGUGUUUGUACUGCCAUUCAUAGAGGCAGAUUGGGUUCACAGUUGCUUCCCAGCACGGGAAUGGGCUAUUAGGUUCCCGCUGAUGCUGUUGCUUUUCGCAUGGACGGUUCUGGGUACGUACGUGGCCUACGUGUUUCUGAAGGGCAAAGGACGAAAAGAUGUGGCAAACGGUGGUGGCAGUGAUCAGGCGUGCUCUACGUAGACAGUGUAAUGAUAAUGGUGUGAUAAAGUAUAA